AUGGUGCGUGCUGAUCCGGAUAUGUGAGCACACUUGGGGUUGCAUCUAAGAAAGGGUUUGCGAGGGCCGCUCCAGUCGAGAACACCUUGGCGAGUGAUCCGAGGUUCGUGGGCACGGCCUGCCAGCCUCCGUCGGGGCCGUUACCGUCAUCUCCUCCCCCGGCUCCCGCUCCCCGUUGUUUCAUUUGUUUUCCGGACGGAGAAGGAGGCACAGUCUCCAUUCACACCAAGUUUUCGGGCGAAGAAGAGAACACAGUCUCCAGUGUUGUUGCGCCCGCUCAUAGCGAGGGUGAAUGCUUUCUUCCUGCUGCAGACAUCGCUGGGCUUCUCCAUCGGCGGCGCAAGCUUCUACUUCUACACGGACACGCCCGACAAGUACAAGGACGGCCCCCAUUUCUCCAUGGAGUUCUACACCUCCGUGCUCGGCACCGUGGGCGCCUUCUGCUCACUGGUCGGCAUUUACUCCUACCAGCGUUACAUGCGGGACUGGACGUACCGAAACCUGCUUUUGAUGACUAAUCUCGUGCUUUCGGCCCUGAGUGUUCUGGACGUUAUCAUGCUCAGCAGGCUGAAUCUCAAGAUGGGCAUCCCCGACCACGCUUUCGUACUCGGCUCCAGCGUAUUUCAGACCGUCAUCGGGCAGUGGAUGUGGAUGCCGGGCGUCGUGAUCCUGUCGCAGCUCUGCCCGAAGGGCAUGGAGGCGACCAUGUACGCUUUGUUGGCGGGAUGCCACAACCUCGGCAACACUAUAGCCUCCAACUGCGGUGCCUUGGUUCUGCAGUAUCUCGGCUGCGACCCGAGUGGCGUUCAGAACGAGGGCGACAAGUUCCAGAACCUCUGGAUCGCAUCUGCGCUAUCGACGGUGUUGCCGAUGAUCACGCUGGUUGCACUGCCAUACUGCAUUCCAGAUGCCAAGCAGACCGACAAGCUCUUGGACGAGGACGACAGAGGCGCCACCACAGGGUCGUUGUGGCGUCGCUUGACCGAGGGCGAGGGCGCCAAGGGCUGAGGAGAGGCGUGCCGCGGCGCUACUCUGCGCAGGCAUCUCCGUCCUGCUGGGCGGUCAUGCGUCAUCGUGGGCGACCCUGAAGUCACCCUGGCCGGUCGUGGUUUAACUUAUAUGCUGGGCGACCCUCAUAGUGGGCGUCCCUAAUACGCGCCAAGUUCGCCGUAAGCCACGUCAUUGUGGGCGACCCUAAAGUCACCCUGGCUGGUCAUGGUUUAACUUAUGCUGGGCGACCCUAGUAGUGGGCGUCCCUAAUACGCGCCAAGCUCGCCGUAAACCACCCCCGCCUUUCCUCUCUCCUCCCCCCCCUUUCUCUCUCUCUACUCCGCCCCUCCCCUCGCCUGCCUCGCUUCUGCCUCCCCAGCAGGCCUGUCGGCAUCGAGGCGCCUGCCUGGAGCCCCCGCCCUCCCCCCGCCGGCGCCGCGUGCCCGCGCUUUUGCCGCGGAGCUCGCGCCUCGGCGGUCCAUGCGUCCCCGGUUGCCGAUGCUCGCCGAGCGCUCAACCAUGCCGAGGGUCACGGGGGCGGGGCGGCCCCGCCGCCGUGCGAGAGCCGGACCGCCAGCGCGCGUCGCGGAA